CUUUCUCAGAUCCAUGUCUGAGCAGCACGGUUUGAAGCGCGCCCAUUCGGAUCUCGACCGCGCCUCGCCCUCCGACCCCGACGCAGCACCGCAGCGCCAUCAUGACGACGGCCAUCCUCACGACCAUCACAGCAGCAGGAAGCGAGAACGGUUUGACGAUGGCUCUGGCUCUGACUCGGACUCGGACGAGCGAGGCGGACUCGGACUCGGACUCGGACUCGGCUCAUCCAACCCAUUGCAUGACAAUGAUGUUGAGGAUGCUGAGCGAUCGGGCAAAGUGGACGAGUCGACGGCAGCGACGUUGAUGGAGACGAGCGAGGACGACCAAUCUCAGUCGCGGGCAGUCGCAGCAGCACCGCUCAACUUUGGCGAGCGUAUGCUGCGUAAACAUGGUUGGUCGGCCGGACGAGGUCUCGGUGCCUCAGAACAAGGUAUCGCGGAACCGAUUGCGCCGGAAGGAAACGUCGAUCGUCUUGGUCUGGGCAUGGCUGCUCCUGCACCCAUCCGACAUGUCGUGGAUUUAUCGCGCCCAAUCCCUCACCAGCAAAACCAGGUUGUCUGGCUGGAGCGCCCAAGCGAGGAGCAGAGCAAGCCGUUCGUACUGGACGCAGACCGCGACUUGGUCGUCGAACCGCACGGCCCGAUCGAUUACAACAUUUUUUGCGACAGCGAGCUGGUUCGAAAGCUGUUUGCAGCAAAGACAGUGUUUGACGGCAUGCCAGAGCACAAGUUCAAGAACGCGAGAUCCAAAGCCAAUCCGCACGAAUCCAUUGGCAAGAGCGCCUUUAUCAACCGCGCGGCACUCAAAAUGGCGAAUCUCGAUCAUGUCUUUGAGAUUAUUUCGCUCAAUCAUGCAGACGACAAUGUCCGUGUUCAACAUCAAAAGGCCACUGCGGCUGCUGCUGCUGCUGCUGCUGCUGCUGCUGCUGCUGCUGCUGCUGCUAUAGACCAACAAUCGCCGAAUGUCCCAACCAGCGACAAUGAGACCGAGCUGGACGGCAAUUCUGCAACAACAAAAACCACAAGCAUGGCCGACCGCGUACCACUCGCCGCCACUCUGGCAGCAGACCAAGUGGUCAUUGCUUGCGAUAUCUGCGCAGGCCCCGGCGGCUUUUCCGAGUACAUGCUCUGGCGCCGUCCACAGUUGUGCAAAGUGUUUGGUUUUACUCUGCGAGGCGACCAAGAUUUCACUCCACACCUCUUCCACCCUGAGUGCAUCCAGGCCGACUUUCACGCGUGCUAUGGCGCAGACAAGACAGGCAACAUGCUGUCCUCCGACAACAUUCGCCACUUUGCCCAGACGGUGCGUGACGGCAGCAAUGGAGUUGGCGCCCAUUUUUGCAUCGGCGACGGUGGAUUUGGCGUUGGAGGCGAUGAAAACUUCCAGGAAGAGCACCUCAAGCAGCUGCUACUCUGCCAAUUCUUGACGGGUCUUGUCGUCCUGGGGCCGGGCGGGACGUUCAUUUGCAAAGUGUUUGAUCUGUUCACGCCGUUCAGCGCUGGACUGGUCUACAUCAUGUCGCGACUCUUCCGCCGAACGUGCCUGAUCAAGCCAUUCACGAGCCGUCCCGCCAACUCGGAGCGAUACAUUGUGUGCGAGGACUUUCAAGCCGAAACCCCUUCCGCCAUCAUCGAGUACCUCUUCAACGUCAACGACAGUCUUCACAAGCUUCCUGGCUGGUCCCGGGAAGGGUGCGAUGACAUUACCCAGAUUGUGGCACCCGAGCAGUUUGACGCCAGUUUCAUCCACUAUUUGCGGUCGUCCAACGAGUCGCUUGCACGCAUGCAAAUCGAAGCGCUAGAGUUGCUGUUAAAGUACGCCGAAGAUCCGACUCUUGAAACGGUUGAUCAGGCCGCCGUGGCCGAGAAAUGCCUCGAGCUCUGGGGUGUUCCCGCCUCUCGAGCGCGCUCUCGUGGCGGCCAGUCCCAUCGCGGAGGCGGCAACCAUGGGCGAGGGCGAGGCAGAGACCGCAACCACCACAAUCGCUACGAUCACGGAAACAACCACCGUCGCGACGCUGCAUCACCACGAGAGCACGGUCGUAACGAUUACCAGGCCAACAGGGAUUACCGCAACCGCGAUUCCCAUCAUCAUGAUGACCACAAUCACAACUCUGGCAGCAUCGCUGAUCGAAUCAACCUGCCUCCUCCGGAACCCAUUGCGUCCGGGUCUUCGCUGCAACAGCGACAUCUCGAGAAGGCGCAGGAGCAGAUGCGCGCACAAGCCGCGCGCGAACCCCCUGCCGGACUCUUGCCUCUGCCCCCACCGACGCAACGCAUGCCAUCUCCUCCACGCCACCACGACAACCGCGCACCGCCUCGGUACAACGACCGCGGACCUCCGCGAUACAACGAUCGGCCACGGUAUGACGAUCGGCCGCGGUAUGACGAUCGGCCGCGGCAUGACGAUCGGCCGCGAUACGACGAUCGACAGCGAUACGAUGAUCGGCCACCACGAUAUGAUGACCGGCCUCGUCGUCCGCAACAUGGAAACUCGAAUUCCGACCGUCGCGAUGAGUAUCGUCCCCAUUAUUAAAGCUGCUCAUUUGGAGAAUGCAGUGCCGUGUCGUAGCACUCGUACAAAACCAACCUUCACGUGUAACAAAAUGUAAUGCGUUUGAAGUACAUGUAAACGAAUACAAACACACAAACAGUAC